CUCAUUAACGCUCACGGUUCUGAAUCUGAACGAGAUUGAUCCUGGAGCUGCUGGGUUGAGCAGGAGGCUGUGAGGCGGGCAUGGGAUGAGGAAGAGGGUCGGAGCUGACGUCUAGAACACGGUUGAGGAAAGCCACUUGGGAAGGAAGGACUCUGCUUCUCCAGCCCCAGACGCCUGUGCUCUCCAGCACCGCCACCUUUCAGCUCCUGUCCCGGCCCCGCUGGGCCAGGGAAUGUCCCGGCGCCGUCAUGCCUUACGUGGAUCGGCAGAACCGCAUCUGCGGCUUCCUUGACAUCGAGGAGACGGAGAGCAGCGGCAAGUUCCUGCGACGCUACUUCAUCCUGGACACGAAGCCGGGCAGCCUGGUGUGGUUCAUGGACAACCCGCAGAACUUACCUAUUGGUGCGGACUGUGUUGGCUCUCUCAAGCUCACCUACAUCUCCAAAGUCAGCGAUGCUACCAAGCUCAGGCCCAAGGCAGAGUUCUGUUUCGUAAUCAAUGCCGGGAUGAGAAAGUUCUUCCUGCAGGCCAACGAUCAGCAGGACCUGGUGGACUGGGUCAACGCCCUCAAUAAAGCCACCAAGAUCACUGUGCCCAAGCCGAGUGACGGGCAGCAGAACGCAGAGAACCAGAAGGUGCUGCAGGAUGUGGUUGGCUCCAAGAAGCAGGUCUCCUACCGCACGGAGAUCAUCGGAGGAGUGCCCAUCGUCACACAGACACAGCAUGAAGGGGGCGACAGCGCGGAGGGGGCGGAGCGCGACGCCAUGCGGCGCUCCCACAGCCAGCUGCCAUACUUCCUGGGCAGGCCCACGCAGGAGCAGACGGUCAUCAAGUCGGGAUACUGCGUCAAGCAGGGAGCCGUGAUGCGGAACUGGAAGCGGCGGUAUUUCCUCCUAGAAGAGAACUCAAUGAGUUACUUCAAAUCAGAUCUGGAGAAGGAGCCGCUGAGGACCAUCCUGCUGAAGGAGGUGCACAAAGUGCAGGAGUGCAAACAGAGUGAUAUUCUGAUGAGGGAUAACCUGUUUGAAGUCGUCACCCAGUCCAGGACCUUUUAUAUACAGGCCGACAGCCCUGAGGAGAUGCACAGCUGGAUCAAGGCCGUCUCAGGGGCCAUCGUGGCCCAGAGGGGCCCCGGGAGAUCAGCAGCCACAAUGCGGCAGGGCAGACGACUGUCCAACCCCUGCAUACAGCGAUAUACGACCCGAAUCGGGGAGUGUAGCAGCACGAACAAUGUGGCCGUCUCUGCCCUCCCACAUUCUACCGCACCCCCGCGGGCGCCCCCGCACCUCGCCCGCCCAUACCUGCCUCUGUGCCCGCCGGCCCCCGGGCCCCUCACCCCCCCCAGCACCACCAGCAGCAGCAGCAGCAGCGGUGGGGGGCCGCUGGUGUCGCGGAAUGCCCUCGUCCCGCGCAGCCUGGCCUGGGACAGCGAGCACUUCAUGAGUCUCCUGCCGCGGCCCAGCCACGCCCACCCGUCCCGCCUGCCGCCGUGACCUGCCGGCCGGCCGUCGCCCACGACCUGGAGUCGCCGUGGCGACGGCGCAGCAGCUUCGAGCCCCGCCUCCCCGACCCAACGCCCCUUGAUCUGGACGCCGCCGACCUGCCCGUCAGCCAGGUUUAACCCCACCCACGCACCCCUGACCGUGCCCGCUCCCCCGGCCCGGUGUUGGGGACCCGCUGAAGGCCCUGUGUGCUACGGCGGGGCCCCGGACUUCCAUGUUUAAUCAAAGUAGAAUCUGAAUGGAACUCUGGUGGCUUUGUCUGCACCAAAGAAGACCUGCUGGUCCUCCAAGCUCCUCCUCCUCCCCCCUGCCCACCCGCCCGUUAUGGAAGAUAAGCAUUUACUCAAAAGAAUGAAAAGAGCAUUUGAAUUGAUUCUUGUUUAUAAAAAUUCAGCAAAAGCCUUUACUUUAACCUAGAGUCGCAUCGGCAGCGGUGUGUUUUUCUGGAGCGUACGCGCUGGGCCUUGAGAUGCUAUUUACUUUCUUUUCUAAACCACUUUGUGCCAAGUAAAUAAGGACCCCCUGAUGAGGUGCCCAAGCUAUUGCCUACCGGCCUGUCUAAUCCGUGUACUAAUCCAAAUAGUUUCCUCCUUGCGUAGAUCCCCUGUUGCUGCCACCGUGACUUUGGGCAGCACAGGCUAGGAAACCCAACGGACAAAGGGGUACGGGACGUGCCUAUAGAGCCUUUCCGUCGCCUCAGUGGGAGAAAUUCAUGCCGUUGUAGAUCGUAGUCUUAAACCCAUUUCUUUAACACUGGUAAGUACGACAUCGCAGUCACUGUUGCAUACUCUGUAUCGGUACGGACAACCUUUUCAUGUGAUUUUAUUUUUUUUAAAAGCUAAGCCUGUAUGGCUGUGGGUGUGUGAUUGUGAUUUUACGUUUAUUUUAAUGUCAUUCAGCCAAUUCUUACUAAACUUUGUGAAUGAGUUUGUUAUUGACGAGGUCUGGGUGUGUGUGUACACUCACCCCCUAUACCGUUUUAAGCAGUGGUUCUGAGUUGACUUUCUUAUAGCAUGUAAUGCACACUUACCAUCAACCAAGUACUUAUUACCUGGUAGCUAGGUGGAAAAAACUAAUACAAUCCAAUGUGUGUUUAUCCAACAUCAGUAGAGAACAUCUUCAAAGUGUGCCAAAUGGUAACAUCUGUGUGGAAUACGGAAUUUCGUUAAGUUAGGAACUCCAAACGGAAUACCCAACCUGUUUCACACAUGCCAGCAUAAGCCUGUAUCGAUGUCCAGUUUGCUCAUGGAUAGCUGCAGUUUUGUGAGCGUGCUGUUAGAAAAUAAUAGUUUUGGUGUUAAUAUGCAGGCCUGCUUGCAGGUCGGUGUUGAGGUACUUUGUUGUACUGUUGUCGUUCUUUUACUUUGAGUUAACUGUAUUGCUUGUUCUUGUGUUGCCAAAUAAGUCGGUUAUCCCCCAGUGGAAGGCUAUGGCUUCGUUAGGUCUUCAGGGCUUUAACACUUCCACUGUACCCCUGCAUAACUACUAUAAGCUAGUCGUUUGGGGGGGAGAAGGACCUCCUUCUCUCCAGCCCAACGAAGCCAAGCAAGUGCAAAGUGUCUCAUUGUCUUGUGUUUUCAAUUGAAAUGUUUUGUAUUAUUUAUUAUGUUGAUGACUUGGACUUUAAAGAAAUAAAACACAUUAAAAUUAUUUGCUUUCGAAUGUCUUUUCUAUGAUUUGACUGUUUGCAUUUAGUUGGACAUGUAUGAUGACUCACGCAUGUAAAUUCUCCUCUGCAGGCCCAUGCUGCCCUCCUGUGGCAGAAAGAAGAAAAGCGUGUGUGGGCAUUAUUCUGUGAAGAUAUAUAUUUAUAUGUAGAUACCAUUGUUACCCUUCUGUGAUCAUGUUAGAUGUUUUUGUAUGCCUUAAGUACAUAUCGUGACUUAUUUGUAUUGGCCUUUAACAUUCAGUCUUGUGUGGAGACAUCUAAAAAUAAUCUGGCCACACACACACAAACGUAAACACAUGGCGACUACAUGGGAGCGUUCUCACAGACCACAAUGUAGUCCGGUUGGGGUUAUGCACACUUUGGUCUUGGUUUGAGAAUGUGGCUGUUCCUCCGCAGAUGAGGUUGCUUUCAUCUGUGUAUUUUCCCAGCAUAGCCUGCUCAGAACAGAGCCUGUGUAAGUGGACCCAUCCUCCAGCCAGCUGCCCGAGAUCUAGUGGUCUUAACAUAGAUUUGUCCCGAUCCGAAAACAAC